AUGAUAGUCAUCAUACCUAUCCUCGUCAUCCUAGUCGGCGUCGCUAUGCUGCUGCGUCGGCAGUACAUGGCUCACCGGAAGCAGGAAGGCCCACCCGUGGUGGCAAAUGGACAGACAUAUUCCGAAGUCAUCGAGUCAAAACCGGCGUGCGUCGCGGAGACUAAUCGCGUGGGAGAUGUCCGGCAGUGCUGUAUUAUCGGAGCUGGGCGUGUUGGAGCAACGACCGGCAUCGUACUCGCCUCGAACAAUCCAGAGAUCCAGUUCAGGAUCGUCGAUACAAAUGAGCGGCUUAUCACAGCGUGGACAUCGCAUCGUCCGCCGAUCACUGACCCAGGGCUCGAGGAUAUCCUCUUUGACGAUGAAUGCCUUGCUCUCGAGCAACCAGCGAAUGAUGCUACUGUCACCCUGCCCCUAAAGGACGUGCCAGAGGUUCGACGGAGGCAGAAACUACAGAAUCUGAGCUUCUCAUCGGACGUCCACGAUGCUGUUGAGGCUGCGCAGGUGGUCUUUCUCUGUGUUGAGAUGGGUGAGUUUGAUCAAUCUUUCGCAUACCUCGACCCAAUCCUCGAGACCAUCGCGGCAGCAAGCAAAGGCCCGAAGAUUCUCGUUCAGCGAUCAAGCUCUCCCUAUGGGAUGGUUCGACAUAUCAUAGAGCGUCUGGAAUCCUUGACCCCAGGCAUCCACCAUACAAUCCUAACGAUCCCCUGGCCCUCGCUCUCGCUCUCUGCCUUCGCUGGACAUGCUCUCUCGUCACCGCUCAGCGAACCCCGCGUGAUCAUCGGGCAUAUCUACUCCCCGUCCUCGCGUCCAGAAGACAUUGACGCGUUGAAGAGACUGUAUACGCCCUUUGUCCCUGCGGAACGGAUUGUGACGAUGGAUGCGUAUUCUGCUGAACUCGGACAGAUGGGUCAGACGGCAAUGCUCGCGCACCAGAUCGGUGCAAUGGCGAGUUUGGGCGUGCUGAGUGAGAAAUGUGAGGCCAGUACGGGCGCUGUGGGGUGGAUGCUUGGAUUUGAUACAGCUGCUGUUGAGGAUAGUGUCUGUGGUAGUUCGGGACUAGGCGGACUCGGGGUAGGAGGUGGUUUCAGGGGGGUUGGGAGUGAGGUAAUGUGUCUCGUAUCCCUGGCGAAGGAGUUGGGAAUGGAGGAGGUUGCGGAGUACUGGGGGUCUCUCUUGAAGAUGCAGGAGUUUUUGGUUCGGCGGGCUGUCAAGGGCUUGGUCCAACAGCUGGAGACAGACGAAGCGGCCAAGAAGGCUGCGAUUACGAUUACCGUGCUAGGAUUCGAUGAUGAGGGCGAGAUGGGGACUAUCGUGGUGAAGGAGCUGCGCAGUGCUGGAUUGAACGUCAAGUCACUUGGCGACGGGGUGUUGAAGAAUCGAGUCGAGCGUGAGUUGGGGGAUGGCAUUGAGGUUGUGGAGAGUAUCGAAGCAGCGUGUUUGGGGAGCAGCGGGGUUGUACUCCUGGGUGCGACUGCGACUCGCGCCUCGACUGAAGCGUGGCAGGAGGUUGUAAGAGGUAUGCGGCAGAAGAAGCUACUGACUCUAGGCGGUCGUCUAGAUGGAGUUAAGAUGAAGCAGCUGGGAUUCGAGGUUGUAUAG